AUGGCCCCGGUCAACAUUGAACAGUUCUGGAAGGCGCAAGCCUACGUUCUCGCCGGAUGUAGAAUCAUCAGUGACACCCUCCGCACCAGUUUCGACGUAGGCCAAGAUCCCGAGUCUUCGAAGGUUCAGCAGGCAAUCUCCGAGUUGCAGCUGUUCUUAGGAGCUGUUGGGAGGAAAGCACAGGUAAUCUAUCCCGGCGAAAUUCCAGUGCGCUUGCAUGACAUUUGGCAGGAGUUCUUCAGGGUUGCUAGAUUGCUCGAUUCAACCCAGGAGGCCCUUCGCAACCCUGGAAUAUCCGGAGGCCCUAUGAGGGUUAUGACGGUCCUCCAAAAUAUACUCGAUACGUACAGCUUCAUUCCAAUGACCAUGGAGCAGCUAGAUUGUAGGGAGCCUGGCCCAGCCAACUAUGAGCUGGAGGCAUUGCGGUACUGGCGGCAGAAGAUCGCCUUGCUCAACCAAUUUCAUUAA